AUGGAGGCUGGUAGCAUAUGCAAGGGCAGUUCUAAUUCCUCAAAGCAUUCUGCACUUGUCCUCAUCAUCUUCUUAUUGAGCAUAAGGGCAUACUGCAACGAUAGUCUGCAGGCAACGGAGGAGAGUAACUGCUUGGAGAAUGAAAGGAGUGCUCUGCUCGCUAUCAAGUCCGACAUGUAUGACCCAGUCGACUGGUUCUCGUCUUGGAUCGGUCGUGACUGCUGCAAGUGGAGAGGAGUGGGCUGCGACAGCAUUACCGGCCACGUUACAGAGCUUGACCUUCACAGCCCUUACCCCUACUACGUCUAUGAAGAAGAUCCAAUUUUGUAUCAGAUGGACAUUUUCAGUCCUGGGAGAAUCGGUACAAGUAAGUUGAACCCUUCUUUGCAAGAGCUAAAGCAUUUGAAGUAUUUGGACUUGAGCAUGAACAACUUCUCCUAUGCCCACAUCCCCAAUAUGAUUGCUUCUCUCGUCCACUUGGAGUAUCUCAACCUAUCAAGAACUCUGUUUUGUGGUUUAAUUCCUCCUCAAUUCGGUAACCUCUCCAGCCUGCGUUACCUCGAUCUUAAUGGAUGCGUCGACUCAUUAUAUUACACUUUCAAAUCACGUAUUCGCUCUGGUGGACUCCAAUGGCUCUCUCAUAUACCUUCAUUGGAGUAUCUUGAUAUGAGCUGCGUCGACCUUUAG